AUGGAAGCUGCAGUCGGGACUGCGAGAGUUUUCAAUCGCCGGCUCUAUACCAAUUUCAUCAAACCAUCUCAUCUGAAUCCUCGAAUUUAUCGCCUAAACCCCAUUGUGCGUGCGGCCCCUGUUUCUUUUCUGCAAUUCAAUCCUCCCAACUCCAGACCCAUCGACGUCUUCCUCUCCCUUUCGUCGUCUCAUCUCUCCAAUUCGUCGAACCCAUUUGGAAAUUUCACCCAUACCAAUUUCGGUUCUCAAUAUACCGCGAAGGAAGGGUUAUUCAAAUGGCAUCUAGCUCCAGAUGCCGGCAUCAAUGGCAGCCGGAGUCUAUUGGUCGGACCGAAAGACCCAGUAGCGACGGUGGUUUUGCUCGGCUGGUUGGGAGCGAAGCAGAAGCACCUAAGGAAGUACGUGGAGUGGUACAAUUCACUAGGGAUUCACGCGGUUACCUUUGUUGUUGAUGCCGGCGAGCUGCUUGGCUUCGAUUUGGGGGAGAGAGUGGAGAGGCGGAUCGCUGCGUUGGCCGAUGAGCUCAUUUCCUGGGUCACCCAGAAGGGAGAAGAAGACGGCAGAGAGCGUUGCUUGCUGUUUCACACUUUCAGCAACACUGGCUUUUUUACGUAUGGUUACGUUAUGGACAUUAUGCUAAGUAGAGAAGGUGUGACGAAUAAGAUCAGAGGUUGUGUGGUCGAUUCUGGAGGUGCUGGGCUGUUGGAUCAUAAGGUGUGGGCUGCUGGGUUUGCUGCAGCACUCUUGAAGAAACGGAGCUCUGCAGUUCCAAAUUCAGAAGAGGAAACAAAUAGCCAAAAGACUCGAAUUGCGGACAGUCAAUCACCUGAUCUCAUAGAAACAUUGGUGCUAGGAGCACUAGAGAUACUUUUUUCGGUGGUAAUAAAAUUUCCUGAAGUCGACCGGAAGUUGAGGAAGACUAUGGCCGCUGUCUCAAACAACCAGCUAUUGAAUUAUCCUCGGCUUUACCUGUACAGUACGGGAGACAUUGUUGUGCCCCAUGAGUUGAUCGAAGCUGCAAUCGAGGAGGAAAGGAGAAAGGGAAGAAGGGUUGUCUCUCAUAACUUUGAAUCGUCUCCACAUGUGGAUCAUUUUCGGGCCUUCCCAGAAACGUAUCUAUCGGUUGUUCAUGGGUUUUUGAAGGUAUGCUUUUCGAAUGUAGCAGCAGCAACAGCAGCAGACGUGAAACCUCAUCAAUGAAUGGACGUUGCCAUUCUUGUAGGCAUCGAUUCCUUUUUUUUUUUUUUUUUUCUGGUUAUCCUUUUCCUUUUGGACCUGCGGUCAGCUGUUAUAUUCAUCACUAUUCGUACACUUGUCAGCCAUUCAAACCGAGGUUACAUACGAAAAGGACAUCUUGAAUGUUGCACAACAACUAAGGCCCCGUUUUGCACAAUUUUGUCCUUGUUAACUUG